GCUGGGGGCGCGCCCUGUGCUCUGGGCAUGCGCGCUGCCGCGGGUGUCGCUGGGACCGGAAGUGCGGGCGAGCGCCGGUCCCCGGGUCUGACAGGAGCCGCCUGCGGGCGCCGCGGCGGCAGCUGGAGGCGGGAGAGGGUCCGUAGCCGCGCCGCCCUGCCCAGCCAUGGGCCUCCUGUCGGACCCGGUGCGUCGGCGCGCGCUCGCCCGCCUCGUGCUGCGCCUCAACGCGCCGCUGUGCGUGCUGAGCUACCUGGCGGGCCUCGCCUGGUUCCUGGCGCUCGCUUUCCCGCCGCUGACCCAGCGCACUUACAUGUCGGAGAACGCCAUGGGCUCCACCAUGGUGGAGGAGCAGUUUGCGGGCGGAGACCGCGCCCGGGCCUUCGCCCGGGACUUCGCUGCCCAGCGCAGGAAGUCGGGGGCCCUGCCGGUGGCCUGGCUGGAACGCACGAUGCGGUCCGUCGGGCUGGAGGUGUACGCGCAGCGCUUCUCCCGGAGACUGCCCUUCCCGGAUGAGACCCACGAGCGCUAUAUGGUGUCAGGCACCAACGUGUACGGCAUUCUGCGGGCCCCGCGCGCUGCCAGCACCGAGUCGCUUGUGCUCACCGUGCCCUGUGGCUCUGACUCUACCAACAGCCAGGCUGUGGGGCUGUUGUUGGCACUGGCUGCCCACUUCCGGGGGCAGAUAUACUGGGCCAAAGAUAUCAUCUUCCUGGUAACAGAACAUGACCUUCUGGGUACUGAGGCUUGGCUUGAAGCCUACCACGAUGUCAAUGUCACUGGCAUGCAGUCAUCCCCCCUGCAGGGCCGAGCUGGGGCCAUUCAGGCCGCUGUGGCCCUGGAGCUGAGCAGUGAUAUGGUCACAAGCCUCGAUGUGGCUGUGGAGGGGCUCAACGGGCAGCUGCCCAACCUUGACCUGCUCAAUCUCUUCCAAACCUUCUGCCAGAAAGGGGGCCUGCUGUGCACGCUUCAGGGCAAGCUGCAGCCCCAGGACUGGACUUCCUUGGACGGACCACUGCAGGGCCUGCAGAUGCUGCUGCUCAUGGUUCUGCGGCAGGCCUCCGGCCGCCCCCAUGGCUCCCAUGGCCUCUUCCUGCGCUACCGUGUGGAGGCCCUAACCCUGCGUGGCAUCAAUAGCUUCCGCCAGUACAAGUAUGACUUGGUAGCAGUGGGCAAGGCUUUGGAGGGCAUGUUCCGCAAGCUCAACCACCUCCUGGAGCGCCUGCACCAGUCCUUCUUCUUCUACCUGCUCCCUGCCCUCUCCCGCUUCGUCUCCAUUGGCCUCUACAUGCCCGCCGCCGGCUUCUUGCUCCUGGUCCUCGGUCUCAAGGCUCUGGAACUGUGGAUGCAGCUGCAUGAAGCCGGAGUGGGCCUUGAGGAGCCUGGGGGGAGCCCUGGCCCCAGUGUCCCCCUGCCCCCUGCACAGGGUGUGGGGCUGGCCUCGCUUGUGGCACCUCUGCUGAUCUCACAGGCCAUGGGACUGGCCCUCUAUGUCCUGCCAGUGCUGGGUCAACACGUGGCCGCCCAGCACUUCCCAGUGGCAGAGGCUGAGGCUGUGGUGCUGACGCUCUUGGCGAUUUAUGCAGCUGGCCUGGCCUUGCCCCACAACACCCACCGGGUGGUAAGCACACAGGCCCCAGACAGGGGCUGGAUGGCACUGAAGCUUGUAGCCCUGAUCUACCUAGCACUGCAGCUGGGCUGCAUCACCCUCACCAACUUCUCACUGGGCUUCCUGCUGGCCGCCACUAUGGUGCCCGCUGCUGCGCUCGCCAAGCCUCAUGGGUCCCGGACCCUCUAUGCUGCCCUGCUGGUGCUGACAAGCCCGGCAGCCACACUCCUUGGCAGCCUGUUCCUGUGGCGGGAACUGCAGGAGGCGCCACUGUCACUGGCCGAGGGCUGGCAGCUUUUCCUGGCAGCGCUGGCCCAGGGUGUGCUGGAGCAUCACACCUACGGUGCCCUGCUCUUCCCACUGCUGUCCCUGGGCCUCUACCCCUGCUGGCUGCUUUUCUGGAAUGUGCUCUUCUGGAAGUGAGAUCUGCCUGUCCAGGGCACCAGGCUGGGACAGAGACUUGCCAAGGACCUCAUUUUGACUCCUUCCAGGGAAAUAAACAAGUGUCUGUUUCAGCUGCUA